AUGUCACAAAGUCACUCCAAAAAACUGGACGUAACUGUUGAGCAGCUCCGAAGCAUAUACCACCAGUUCCAUGAUAUCCUCGAGGAGAAAACUGACCUGCAUUUGCCAAAGAAGGAUCACGACGAUGAUGCUGUCAGAAGAGAGGUGCAGAUACAAUUGCAAGAGUUUUUGUUGAGUGCCAUGACGAUGGCCUCCAAAUCUUUAGAAGUGGUAAACGCCGACACUCAGGGCAAGACGGUGAAGCAGCUAAUCAUGGAGUCUCAAGAGAAGUACAUGGAGCCCUUCGAUCUGGAGCUGAAUGAGCAAGUUAGGAAGAUGUACCAAGAGUGGGAAGACGAAACAGUCAAGGUGGCCCAGUUGAGGCAAACAGGGCCCGCCAAGAUCAACGAGGUAUACAACAACGCCAAGGAUGAAUACCUGAUGCAUCUAGAUGGAAGAAUCGGCGUUCUGGAAGCCAGAAUGACAGACCAGCAAGCCGCGGAGCAAGAUGAAGGCGGCGAAGGCGAUCAUCAAGCUGCCGAGACUAACUGGGAUGACAUUAAACACGAUUAUGAGGUCUCGCUCAAUGAGCUGAGUCAAACACAACAAAACCUGCCUCAGGUGCGAUACAACGUGGAGAAGGUCAAGCAUCUAAUGGACUACCUACAGAAGGAUUGA